UUGAGAAAACAAUGCGUUUUCCUUCCUUUCAUAAUUUCCUCCCAUUGCUUCUAGGUUUAUAAUCUUCUUCUUUCUUUUCAAUAUAAUUGACUUCUUUUAUUCGUUAUUCUCGAUGGAGCCAUCGGAACACUCCACCGGGAAAUCGCCGAAAAAAGAGCUCCAAGGUCCCCGGCCAACGCCACUCAAAGUACGUAAAGAUUCACACAAGAUAAAAAAAACACCAGUGGUGCUACAUCAGAAACACCAAUUGCCACCUCAUCAUCAACCACCACCGCGACCACCUGUUAUAAUAUACACUGUGUCUCCCAAGGUAAUCCAUGCAAACCCUAGCGAGUUCAUGUCUUUAGUCCAACGACUCACAGGACCAAAUUCCUCCUCCUCAUCAUCGUCUUCGUCGUCGUCGGUCUCCUCGUUUCUUUUUCAAGAAAAUAUGAAUAAUAUCGGUGCGAUAUAUCCGGCUGCUAGGUUUGCUUCAAUAGAGAAAACAAGAACCCCAAAUGUCAAUAAAAAAUCACAAAUUACUAAUUGUGAUUUGGAAAUGGUUGAUGAAGGGAUAGAGAUAAAUAGAGAAAUUGAAAGAAUAAGUACUAGUGGAUUUUUUCCUAAAGGUAUUUUGUCACCAAAUCCAGCUUCUCUUCAACCUAUAUCAUCAAAUUUCUUCUCACCUCCAUCAGCUGAAUUUUUUCAUGAUUUAAGCCCUUUAAUACACAAUAACAGGAAUUAUUUUGAACACAAUUACUUACCUAGCCCUUCAAAUUUUAUUUCACCUAGAGUAAUUGUAUCUCCAAGUACUCCAUCUUUUGACAUUGUCAAUAAUCUCUUUGACCACUAUAGAGAGAAAUAGAGAAUAGAGACUUCUCUUUCGAGAAGGAUCAAGAAUUUGUUGUUCGAGUUCGAAAUUUAUUUGUAUCAUUAUUUAGUGAUUUUUUUUUAUACAUAUAUCAUAUUUGGAUCGUCAAAAUUACUAAAUUCAUAUGAACCUGUCAUGUU